UAGCUGUUGGACAUUAUCCCCGCGCCUCGGUUUGUUCCGAUGGAUUCGCCGUCGGCUCCGCCCUCUCUCCUCCUCAGCCUCCGCGCGCUGCCCUGCGGCGGCAGCAGCAGAAGGUCCAUCCGCCUCCUCUCGAAGCAGAGGCUGCAGCAACGAUUACGUUCGCCAGGAGCCGCGGUGGUGAGCAAGCUCGCGACGCGGCGGCCAGAGGCAGGCCGUCUGGGGUGGACGGACGGAUUGGCGUGCCGCUGCUCCUACGAUCCAGGAAACGGGCUGCCCGGGCCUCCUCCUCCUCCUUCUCCUCCUGGUGAGAGCGUGGAUGAGUGGCCUGUUCUUGGCCGAUGGGAUGUGCCAUGGCAGUGGCCAACCGUGUCCCUCACAAUGGUGGCCUGUGCAGUUAGUUCGCUUGUGACAGGAAAGGUUGGGCAAUCAGUUUUGGAGUAUGUAGGCUAUCAAGCCGGAGAGGCCACUAUUGAUGAGAAGGCCGGGGUACUCUUCUUGGAACAACUUAAUGUGACAACCGUAGCCAUUGCAGUUAUAUUUGGCAUCACCAAUACUUUUCGGCCAUUCUCGGAUGACAUACUUCGUUAUGAUUUUAAGGAACCAUUUAAGCUGCAAAACGGUUGGCUUCUGUGGGCUGGAAUUGGCCUCUUCUUUGCUCUAAUCUCCAUUGCUUUAGCUGGAUCUGCAAUGACCUUUCUGAAUGGUGAAAACACACAGAGAGAGACUGACUCGCUAGUCCUUCUAUUGCCACUGAUUGGAUCAUCAAAUAUCAGCACUGCCUGUCUCCUGGGCAUCACUGGGGUUCUUGCACCAAUUUUGGAGGAAACUGUGUUUAGAGGAUUUCUACUGGUAUCAUUGACUAUGUGGUUUUCUACUCCAGUAUCUAUUUUGAUCACUGCUGCGGUGUUUGCCUUGGCUCAUCUUACACCAGGAGAGUUUCCACAACUGUUUGUGCUUGGUGUGGCACUAGGAUUCUCGUAUUCUCAAACUCGCAAUCUUCUUACUCCUAUCACAAUUCAUGCUGUAUGGAACAGUGGAGUAAUAUUGCUGCUAACCUUUCUUCAGCUGCAGGGAUACAAUAUCAAGGAGCUGUUGCAGGCAUCUUAAAUGUUUUAUUUGGUCAGCUUAUCUCGCGCUAAAUUUUGUAUAAUAUUAUAAAAUAAAUAAAUAUUUAGAAGAACAAUGCACGUUUUAGAUUA